AUGGAGGCACUAGGGCAUUUGCGAAGCAAUAUUCCCGUCUGGCUCAAGCGUCUCGACGAGCUCAAUGGCCAAAUUGAACAGCGUCAGGUCGAGCUGGCGCAGCUGACAGAACCGGCGAACUCGAACAACCCAACCGGCCGCACCUCACCACCAGCUGCCAGAUCAAUCAGAAACAAGGGCUCAACAGAGUCCCUCAGGCCUCACGACGAGCCCGAGGCACACCCUCGCGAAUCCACUCCGCAACCCGAACCCGCUCCCGAGGCCGCCGAUGCCGCAGGAGAUCAACAGUCUCCCACAAGCCCUGCAGACCCGGCCUCGCCAUCAGCACUGCAGCGGCAGACAAACCUUGUUAGGGCAGCAGGCCAGGCGCGGGCCCGCGCCACGCUACGCAAACGUCAACGCACAGAUUCUAUGAUUAGCGCAGAGGGCUUCGUGCCAAAGUACCGCACCCGCAGCAUGAUCAUCGUCUACUACGACAGCUACGUGCAAAGUUUCUUCGAGGAGCUCGUCAAGUUUGUGAGCGCCAGCCGCAACAUGAUGCGGAAGGCUAAGAUGGCCGCCAAGGUAGCACAAAUCAGGCGGUUGGCAGAGCUAGAGAUGCCAGAUGAACCCGAGGACGAUAACGCAACAGUCGUCCCCAGUGCCAUGACUUCUUCUGGCGCCAUUAUAGCAGCGGCUCCCACGCCGCUCAUCACAGCAGCUCCCAUCAUUGCCGCCGACGACGCCCCGCUGGAGGUUGGGCCAGUAUCCAGCGGCACCGACGCGGAUCUCCCCCCGCUUCGCCUUUUCAGCACGCGACAGAUGCGGCCGGGAUCUGGGAAUGCAAUGCUCAUGGCGCGGUCGACAUUGUCAAGGCCUUCGUACGCACGAGCGGGAGCCCGAGGAUCAUACCGCGCUGGAGGCAUGUCUCCGGGCCAAUCUCAUCCCCAAGAUGUCUACGAUGACCUGGAUAAAGGUCUCGAAUAUGUGCAAAGCAUGUGCGAGCACGCGGCGCACCAGUUUCUCCGCGAUGGCGACUGUGGCGAGGAGGUGUCUAACAUCCAGCGGCGGUUAAAGGACACCAAUGACCUGGCAGAAAAGGAAGCAGAGCGCGUCAAGACGAGCGGUCCUCCUGACGGAGUCAAACCGGCCGAGGAGGAGCUGCGCGGACGGAGUUACCGCCCACAAAUCAUGCGCAAGGAUUUUGGGAGUUCCUCGUCAAAGGAAAUAAAGGUUGCCGCCCGCAUGGAUGUGGACGAAGGCAUCGAGGACAUGGACUGGAACACGAAGUCUGCUCAAAGCUUCCCUUCAAAAGCACCAGCAUGA